AUGUAUCACCAGUACUACUACCAGCCAUACUACCCCGCGUCCCCACCGUCGCACCACAUCGAGCACGCCAGCGACUACUACGCCAUGCCGGCUGAACACAGUCUGUCCCUCGCCAGGCAGCCCAGCCAGGUGCACCUCAGCAAGGCCACCCGCCAGGUUGUCCCCGCCUUCCUCCAGAAACUAUUCGAGAUGGUUAACGAUCCCUCCAAUGCAGAUCUCAUCCGCUGGUCAGAUGCCGGCGACUCUUUCUUCGUCCUCGACCACGAGCGCUUCGCACGCCAGGUCCUCGGCCGCUGGUUCAAGCACCAGAACUUCUCCUCCUUCGUCCGCCAGCUCAACAUGUACGGCUUCCACAAGAUCCCCCACCUCCAGCAGGGCGUCCUCCGCUCAGACCAAGAGGCCGAGUUCUGGAACUUUGAACACCCAAACUUCCACCGCGGCCAGCCAGAUCUCCUCUGCCUCAUCCAGCGCAAGAAGCAGGCCCCCCAGUCCUCCGAUCUCCCCUCAGACCCCGAUCCCGCCGCCUCCGCCUCCGCGAACCCCUCCUCUUCCUCCCACACCCAAUCACCAGCCGAUCCAUCGGCCUCGUCCGCACCCGCCACCGCGGCCCUGGGCAACGGCCAGGUCCUCGACAUCCACUCCAUCAUCAACGGCAUCGCCGCCAUAAAGCGCCACCAGACCACCAUCUCCGCAGAGCUCAACCAGCUCAAGCGCUCAAACCAGCUCCUCUGGCAAGAGUCCCUCGCCGCCCGCCAGCGCCACCAGAAGCACCAGGACACCAUCAAUCGCAUUCUCAAAUUCCUCGCCGGCGUGUUUGGCAACGGGGGCGGCCAUGCCAAGGACGGCGUCGUCGCGGGCGGCGCAGAGGGCGCCAUGGGCAUGGGGCUCAAUGGCAGCAUGGGCAUGGGCAUGAGUGGGGCCAUGGGCAUGGCCGGCGCAGGAGGGGAUGCUGGCAGGAACGAAGGAUACCAGAGGAAGCAGGUGCAGAGGCUGAUGAUCGAGGAGGGCCCGAACUCGGGGAAGAGGAAGAUGCCCGUCGUGCAGGUCGAGGAGGAGGACGAUGACGACGAGGAUGCCUCGUAUCUCAGGGAUAUGAGUCCCGUCUCCCUGCGAUCAUACAACGAACCGAUGUCCCCCACCAUCUCCGAGGCGCCCUACAUCAACCUCAACACCCCCUCGCUCACCCCGCCCAGGGACACCUCGACCACACCGCAGAUCAUGCAGCCGAAGCCCUCGCCCUCGCGCGGCCUCCCGACCGCCAACUCCCUCGCCGCCGCGCUCUCGCCUGCGCUCUCUCUCUCCUCAUCCACUGCCUCGAACAACACGAACAACGGCAACACCACCAAUUCGACGAACGGCAAUGGCACUUCGAAUACCAACAACAACAACAAUGCGAACAACGCCAAUUCGAAUACGAAUAGCAGUGGUGCGCUGACGACGCUCUCGCCCUCGCCCCCGCUCCCCGUCCUCAAUGGCGUCAACGGCGACCAGGACACGAUGAUCCAGGCGCUCCAGCAGAUGCUGACCUCGCCGGGACAGAUUCAGCGGCUGUUCGCCGCGCUGAGUGCGCAUAACAAUAAUAAUGCUAGUGGGAGCGGGGUGGGCGGGGUAGGUGGGGUGGGGUUGCCGACGCUGCCGCAGCAGGUGCAGCAAGUGCAGCAGCAACAUUCGCAAGGGCAGGGGCAGAGUGUACAAGGGCAACAAGGGCAAGGGCAGCAAGGCCAAGGAGGGUACGGGGCGGCGUACGGGGGGUACGCCGACCACUACACGCCCUCCGGCCAGCUAUCGCUCCUCACGCCCUCUCCACCACCUUUGCUCUCCCCGCUCUCCCACCCACUCUCCUCCAUGAAUGCAAACAUCAACAUGGGCAUCUCCCCCCUCGACAUGCAGUCCCGGGCUACGCGCGAGGAGGAAAGGGAGCAGCAGCAGAGGCUGGAGAAGACGUGGAAGGUGACGCAGGAUAUCGACAAGGACGUCAAUGCGCUGCAUAGCAGCAUUGAGAGCCUGAUAGGCGCGUUUGGGCUGGAUCCGGGGUUGAUGGGCGCGAAUUCGGCGAACAGCGCGGCUGGUGGGAUGGGCUCGAGUAAUGGUGUGAGCGGGAACGGGAACGGGAUGGGUGAUAUGAAUGGUGUGGGAGGACAAGGCGUGGGACAGGGCGUAGGAGGGAUGGGUGUAGGCGGUGUAGGAGUAGGAGGAGUAGGAGGGAUGGAGGAUCUUUCGGUCCCCGAGUUCGACUUUGAUGCGUUCUUGAACGAGUAUGGGAAUUCAGGUAUGACGGGUAUGAAUGGGAUGAAUGGGAUGGGUGGAAUGGGAGGCGGGUUGGGAGGUGUGGGGGGUAUUGGGGGAGUGGGGGAUGGGGAUGUCGAUAUGGAGCUCGGGAACGGUAUGAACGGUGUCCACGGCAUCAACGGUGGGGGCGUGAAUGGGGUGAACGGAGGAUUUUUGGACGAAGAUGGUACGGUGAUGAGCGGGAGUGUGGGUGGGACUGGGAGCGUGGCGGGGUCGCCUGUUAUCUCGUUCGCCAACGCCAACGCCUCGAAUAUCAACGGGAGCAUCAACGGCAGUGGGGGUGUUGGUGGCGACGGGAACGGCGCGUCGACGAAGAAGGCGAAGAUGAACGGGCACGGGCACGGGCACGGGCAUGCGCACGCGAGCAGUAUCUCGAGCGUGUCGAGUCUGAGUGGUAUGCAGGGCAUCGAGGCGUCGCCCUCUGCGUCGCCUUCGUCGCCUGCGCUCCCCGCGAAGAGCGCGCCCGCGCCGGCGCCGGUGUCGCCGAAAGCGACGAAGGGGCGGAAGAGGAAGAGCGAUGCGGCGGAGAUUGAGGAUAUGCAGAGGGGGAUGGGCGGGAGCGCGCUGGGGGCGCUUGGGGCGCUUGGGGGGCUGGCGGGAGCUGGGGCGGGGGCGGGGGCGGGGGCGACUGGGGCUGCUGCUGCGGGAGGGCUUGGGAAUGGCGUGAGUGGCGGGGUAGGGACUGCGAGUGCGAACGGAAAUGCGGGCGGGGGUGUGGGAGCGGCGGGAGGAGGGACGGGGAAGAGGAAGAGGUGA